AUGGACAAUGUUUGCAUCCAUUUCGCAAAUAAGAAAACGAGGCAUGAAUACUAUCUUUUGGAAAAAUUUGAUGUUUUGAAUAUCGCUGAAAAACAGUACUUGAUUAGCAAACGAAAGGACAGAAACAACGAGGAAAUUAAGUACAUAGUUCCUUAUGAAGAAUUGUAUGAAAGGAUAAAUGAUUAUCAUAUUCGAACUGGUCAUGGGGGAAAUGUCAAAUUGCGAAUGGCUAUAGCCAAUAAGUACAAUAUUCCAAGACCCGCGAUUGAAAUAUUUUUAUCAACAUGUGCUAUAUGUAAUGGUAAAAAAAACAUGAACCGUAAGUUAGUCAUAAAACCAAUUAUCAGUAAAGAUUUUAAUGAAAGAGGACAAGUAGAUCUGGUAGAUUUUCAGUCAGUUCCUGAUGGAAAAUUCAAAUGGAUACUGAAUUACCAAGAUCAUAGUACUAAAUUCUUAUCUUUACGUCCUAUCGAGUCUAAACGCGCAUCUGAAGUAGCUAAUAAUUUAUUAUCAAUUUUUCUUACGUUUGGCGCACCAAAAAUACUGCAGAGCGAUAACGGUAGGGAAAGAACUGAAAGAACUGAAAGAACUUUGGCCAGAUUGCGUUAUUGUUCACGGUCGACCUAG